AUGGCUCAAAACACAAAUGUAUUGUAUCAAGCCAUGCUUGACACACCUCUGCAAGCACUGCUAUUAGUGCUGCCGCUGAUCUUACUCCUGCUAGUGCAGUUUGCCAAAACAGCUAGUAGUAGCAAGCAGCAGGCGAAGCGUCUCCCUCCUUCGCCUCCAGGGCUCCCAGUCAUCGGCCACAUGCACCUCGUCCGUAUCCAAGAUCCCGUGUCACUGUGCAACCUUGCGAAGAAAUACGGCGGCCUCAUGCUACUCCGUCUCGGCUCCGUCCCGUACCUCGUCGUGUCGUCCCCACGCGCCGCCGAGGCGAUCAUGCGGACGCACGACCACCAGAUGGCGUCACGGCCACCUUCGGCGGUAGCCGACGCGCUCUUGUACGGAACAUCCGACCUCGUCUUCUCCCCCUACGGCGAGCAAUGGCGCCAGAUGAAGAAGCUGGUCGCCACGCACCUGCUCAGCGUCAAAAAGGUCCAAUCAUACCGCAUCGCCCGUCAACAAGAGGUGAGGCUGGUGAUGGCCAAGAUCCGGGAGGCGGCGGCUGCAAGCAGAACCGUUGACCUGAGCGAGAUGAUGAACACGUUCACGAGCGACGUGGUUUGCCGCGCCUUAUCAGGGAAGUCGUCCAAGGAAGCUGGCUGGAACAAGAUGUUCAAGGAGCUGUUCCAGGAAAACACAGCUCUGUUUGCGAGUUUUAACCUGGAGAAUUACUUCCCAAGGUUAGCAAAACUACUAGAUCUGUUGAUGACUAAGUUAUUUCACGUGCGCAAUAAGGGGGAGGAGGUGAAUAGGAGAUGGGACAAUGUACUCGAAAUGAUUAUGCAAAACCACGAGAAAAGAACUAGAGACGGCGGGGUGUUAAGCCAUGAGCAAGAAGAAGAAAGCGAUUUCAUCGAUGCCUUGUUAUCUGCUCAGUCUGAGUGCGAUGUUAACAUGACCAGAAACCAUAUAAAGGCCACGUUGAUGGACAUGAUUGGUGCGGGCACGGACACGUCAUAUUUCGUGUUGGAUACUGCAAUGGCUGAGCUGAUGCGCAGACCAGAGCUCAUGGCCAAGCUACAAGCCGAGGUGAGAAACGAGACACCAGACGGGCAACAGAUGGUGGAGGAGGAGGACCUUGCCGGCAUGGCAUGCCUGAAGGCCGUGGUGAAGGAGACCCUCAGGCUUCACCCACCUCUGCCGCUCCUCCUACCUCACUUGUCCACUGCUGACUGCGACGACGUCGAUGGCUACCAUGUCCUCUCCGGCACAAGGGUCUUCAUCAAUGUCUGGGCCAUCGGAAGAGAUCCUGACGCGUGGGAGAAGCCCGAGGAGUUCGCGCCCGAGAGGUUCAUGGAGGGCGGCAGCGCCGCGGCAGUGGACUUCAGGGGGAGUAACUUCGAGUUCAUGCCGUUCGGAGCUGGGCGGAGGAUGUGCCCUGGCCUCAACUUCGGGUUAAUCGCCGCGGAGAUAAUGCUUGCAAACCUCGUGUAUUGUCACGACUGGGCGCUGCCGGCAGGCAUGGAGAAGGAGGACAUCGAUAUGUCGGAGAUGUUUGGUAUCAGCGUGCGUCGAAAGGAGAAACUCGAGCUUCUUCCCAAACCGCGUAGCGAAGUUUGGUCCUCUAAUCCCGUAUUCCCGGCCGUAGUUGCCGCUCCCGGCCGUAGUUGCCGCUCACCGUCCGGCCGCUCCUCCGGCCGCCGGUCGCCGUCCUCCGCCUCCGGCCGUGCUCCUCCGGUCGGCCUUCUCCGUUCUCGGGUCGUCCUCUUCGUCCGACCAUCUGCUGCUGGCUCCCAUCUGCCCCGUGCGCCCGCCUCCCUGCCGCCCGCGGCUCGCCGCCGGUCCCCAUCUUCCCCGGCCGCCGGCUUCGCUCCCAUCGCCGGCCGCUGCCCCGCCCGCCUUCGGUUUCCGUCGUGA